UCUUCCCUCUGCUUGUGCAGCAGUUUAUGCACAGUUGUUGCCUUUAAGCAGCUCUGUAAAGACUGAGCUGAGUACAAGAUGGCGUCCCAGCAGCUCUUUUUGAGGUUAACGUGGCUGGCUGUAUUGCUGACGCUGUUGGCUCUCAGAGAUGCAUCCAGUGACAGCAGCUUGCACAGGAUCUUGAGGAAGAGAGAAGUGGCAGGAGCUGGGAUUGCCCCCUCAAAGUCUUCUGUGGCCAUUCCCUCUUCCAAGGCUCAAGAGUUCCUGGCAAAACUAAGCAGAACCAAGAGGAACAUUUGGGAUCGCAGCAGACCGGAUGUACAGCAGUGGAUUAUGCAGUUCAUGUUCAUGGGAUUUGAUGAGCAGCAGCUGGAGGCUGACCUGUCAUACUGGAGGGACCUCGCUCGCUCUACUGACCAAGGCCGGCAGCACCAUUAUGAUGAAAACUCCCCCACUGGCCCACGUGACACUGCCUCUUACAGACACGGCGCUAAUGUCAACUAUGACUACUACUAACUGAAGGCUGUGAUAGUCUAAUGCUUUGACACCUGCCAUGCAGCUGACAACACCCAAAUACUCCACAGCUGCUCGGGCUUCUUUGUUCCAAUUGGUUACACUCAUCAAUAUAACCCACUCAACAUUUUCUCUCUCCUACGUCACAUAUCAGGCGUAAUUUUUUUCCCUCUCACUGAGCAUUGCCUCUACAGUUUAAGUUCUGAGGUGGCUGAUUUGUAUGAAAUUCUGUACAAAUCUGGUGUCUUGUCUUUGUCACUAGAUUAUCGUAAAUAAAGAUGUCGCUUCUUA